AUGUCUGAUCGUGACUUGCACACUUUCAAGUCUCACGCCGAGCUGGCGGCUGCCGCCUUAGGCUCCGUCUAUGCAGCAAAUGAGCUCAGCAAGGCACUGACGGACGAAGACGCCCAUGACAACACGGAUCAUUAUCUCAGGGCUGCCGUCGGCGCCGCAGUAGCGGUUGGCGCGUACCAUCAACUGCAGAAGAAAAGGCACCACGACGAUUCCGACAGUUCAUCCGAUGAAGACGACCACAUCCACAAGGAGCAUCGCGAGCAUAGCGGCGAGAAACAUCAUCAUCACCAUCCAGACCCGCCGGGCCAUGGAAGACACCUCCUUGAGGAGGCCGCUGGAGCUUACAGUCUGGGCAAAGAAUUGCUCGGCGACCGGCGGCAUCAUGUUGUUCAUUUGAUUGCUGAGGCUUUGGGAGCAGUUGGAGCGCUGAGAGAUAUUCAAGGACGGAAAAGAAUUGAGGAAGCGGAACAUGAAAAUCGCUAA